AUGUCACAGUAUGAGGUUCAACAAUAUAGCAAGACAUAUACACCAAAUGAUAUAGAAGAUAGAAACUAUAUGUCACAGUAUGAGGUUCAACAAUAUAGCAAGACCUAUACACCAAAUGACAUAGAAGAUAGAAACUAUAUGUCACAGUAUGAGGUUCAACAAUAUAGCAAGACAUAUACACCAAAUGAUAUAGAAGAUAGAAACUAUAUGUCACAGUAUGAGGUUCAACAAUAUAGCAAGACUUAUACACCAAAUGACAUAGACGAUAGAAACUAUAUGUCACAGUAUGAGGUUCAACAAUAUAGCAAGACCUAUACACCAAAUGACAUAGACGAUAGAAACUAUAUGUCACAGUAUGAGGUUCAACAAUAUAGCAAGACAUAUACACCAAAUGAUAUAGAAGAUAGAAACUAUAUGUCACAGUAUGAGGUUCAACAAUAUAGCAAGACCUAUACACCAAAUGACAUAGAAGAUAGAAACUAUAUGUCACAGUAUGAGGUUCAACAAUAUAGCAAGACUUAUACACCAAAUGACAUAGACGAUAGAAACUAUAUGUCACAGUAUGAGGUUCAACAAUAUAGCAAGACAUAUACACCAAAUGAUAUAGAAGAUAGAAACUAUAUGUCACAGUAUGAGGUUCAACAAUAUAGCAAGACCUAUACACCAAAUGACAUAGAAGAUAGAAACUAUAUGUCACAGUAUGAGGUUCAACAAUAUAGCAAGACCUAUACACCAAAUGAUAUAGAAGAUAGAAACUAUAUGUCACAGUAUGAGGUUCAACAAUAUAGCAAGACUUAUACACCAAAUGACAUAGACGAUAGAAACUAUAUGUCACAGUAUGAGGUUCAACAAUAUAGCAAGACCUAUACACCAAAUGACAUAGACAAUAGAAACUAUAUGUCACAGUAUGAGGUUCAACAAUAUAGCAAGACUUAUACACCAAAUGACAUAGAAGAUAGAAACUAUAUGUCACAGUAUGAGGUUCAACAAUAUAGCAAGACUUAUACACCAAAUGACAUAGACGAUAGAAACUAUAUGUCACAGUAUGAGGUUCAACAAUAUAGCAAGACCUAUACACCAAAUGACAUAGAAGAUAGAAACUAUAUGUCACAGUAUGAGGUUCAACAAUAUAGCAAGACCUAUACACCAAAUGAUAUAGAAGAUAGCAACUAUAUGUCACAGUAUGAGGUUCAACAAUAUAGCAAGACCUAUACACCAAAUGAUAUAGAAGAUAGCAACUAUAUGUCACAGUAUGAGGUUCAACAAUAUAGCAAGACCUAUACACCAAAUGACAUAGAAGAUAGCAACUAUAUGUCACAGUAUGAGGUUCAACAAUAUAGCAAGACCUAUACACCAAAUGACAUAGAAGAUAGCAACUAUAUGUCACAGUAUGAGGUUUAA